AUGGCGACUGUAUUUUCAUUUGAGCACAUCUGCAAGCCUAAAACAUUGGACGUUGUUACGGAUCCCAACUGUCCAAUAGGCGAGUGCUUAAAACCUUACAAGAGCCUCAACUACCUGAGUGGUGACGGCCUUUCCAAGGUUUGGUCUGGCAGACCCCACUAUGACCCGAGGUCACUCGGCUGGCAGAAACAUCACGAAAAGAUGGCCUUGCCUCGGGAGAGGGUGCCUGGACAGAUGACCUUCGAAAGUGAAGAUGAUUGGAGAGCGUGGCAGAAGAAGAGGGAUGCCUAUGAUUCAAAAUUGCCCGGUGGACUAGGUUACAAAUUCGCCACCCCUCCCGAAUUCAAACUGAACGGGCACGCCUUCUCCCCCUACAACCUGUACAGGAUGGGCCGACCGCCGCUAAAUUUGAAUGAUGCCCAGGACCCGCUACCCCCUCGCGAUGACAGCACCUUCCCAUUCAUCCAACAUGAACCUAAAGGUUUCUACGGAUGCUACCACAACGAGUUGGACGUACACAACAACGGGGGGUUCAGGUUCUCCAGGAGGGAGCCGUCAUAUCCGUGUGCUUGCAAGGGAUCUGCCAUCAUGUACUAG